AUGAAUUGGGAUAUGAAUGAAAAUAAGUCAUUAAGUAAUGAUGACUUUCUAAAUUCAAUAUUUGACCAAAAUCAAGGUCAACAGCAACAAUCACAACCACAACCACCACCUCAACAACAACAGCCCAUGGUACAACCUUCUCCAAUGCAACAACCUUUACAAGGCAACCCCGAGCAAAUGUUUAUGAAAAAUCAACAACAACAACAACAACCAACUAAUUUUAAUAAACAAGAGCAGUUAUACAGAAUGAAGCAGCAGAUUUAUCAACAAAAGAUGCUACAAAAACAACAACAGCAGCAACAACAACAAAAUAUUUCAUCAAGACCAUCACCAAUGAAUUCAUCAGUACCCACUCCAUUACCUCAACAAGGUACACCAUUAAUGAACCAACAACCUAAUCCUAUUCAGCAACCAAUGCAUCAACCACCUCAACAACAAAUGAAACCAACACCUAAUCAAACUCAAACUCAAAUGCAAAUGGAAUUAUUUCUUACCUUAUUAUAUGACUUUCUUCAUAGAAGAGGAGUUGCUGUUAAUCAACCUUUUACAAUUAAUGGGAAAAGAAUUAAUUUAUUUGUAUUCCAUUUCAUAUGUCAAAGAUUAGGAGGAUUUCAACAAUUGAAAAAAUUUACCCAAUUUACACCUCAACUGCAACAUCCAUGGACAUUAAUAGGUUCUAAAUUAGGCGUUUUUGAUGGUAUAACAGAUUCAAAUGCCAAAGAUAGAAUAGAUCGAGAAAUUUGCAACUGUUACACAACUUAUUUAUUACCUUAUGAAGAAUAUAGUUCAACUCCGCAAGGUGCAAGAGAAUUAACUCAAAGAAGAGCUCAAUUUCAACCUCAAAUUAUUCAAAAAUAUCAAGCUUUAGCUAAUGCUAAUACUAAUACACCACCUAUUCAACAAGUUCAAAGUCCAAUAAAUCAACCAAUUCCACCAAGAAAAACGUCACAACAUCCGAAUUCUCAGUUAAAUUCACCUUAUGUUCCACCUUCAAGAGCUACAAGUGUAACCGAUAUGAAUAGUAGACAACCAUCACAAGCAUCAAUGAGACAAACUCCUAUAAUGCCUCAACAGCCACAACCACAACCACAACCACAACCACAAGUAACUAUGAAGGCAGAGAUUUCAAAAGAAGAAGCAAAUAUUUUGAAAAAUUAUGUGCCUUUUAAAAAAUUAAUUGAAACUUAUGGUAAUUAUCCAAUUAAAGAUUUAUCACAAAUAGCUGGAGAAAUUGAAGUUACUAAACCUGUUUACCUAUUUGCUCCUGAAUUAGGUAUAAUUAAUUUACAAGCCUUAACAAUGAGUUUGAAAAGUAAUCAUGGUAUACAAGAUUCUGAGGUUGUUAAUGCAUUAAAUACUUUAUUGGUAACUACCUCUGAUGUAAAUUAUACAUUUCAUAUCAAAGAUAGUUUAGAAUUAUUAGAUGCUUUAAGUAUUCUUGGGAAGCAAAUUUUAAAUAAAAUAGUAGGUGAAACUCCAAAGGAAGAAGUGAAAAUUAAACCAGAAUCUAAAAUUGAUGAAAUUUUUAACAAAUAUGUUACAUCAAGAGGUGAAGAUAUAGCUUUAGUUGUAAAUUCAUUAACUGGAGAAGUGGAAGAUGAUGAUAUGGAUGAGAUAUUUUCAAUUGAUGAACCUGAAACUCCAGAAACUCCACCACAAAUAGAAGAAACAAUAGAUCAUUUCUAUUUAGAUGAUUAUUUAACAGCUUUACAAAAUUUUAGAAAAGAAAAUAAAUAUCAUUUUAGUAAAUUACAAACAAGACUGGCAAUGAAUGAUCAAAUUUUAUUAGUUGAUGAAUUAAUUACAGUUACUAUGAUUUUAAGAAAUAUAUCAUUUUCAGAAGCCAACAAAGAAUAUUUAGCUAGAAAUGAUUUGUUUAAAGAUUUAUUAUUUUCAAUAGUUAAACAAAUUGGUUUACAUUAUGAUGAAUUUGUAUUCAGUAGGAAAAGAUUAGGUUUAUUAAAAGAUUGUUUAUUAAUGUUGGAUAAUAUAGCAUUUUAUAUUCAAUUGAAAAGUUUAGAAGAAGCAUUUUUAUCAUUUGCAUUAGUUGCUUCAUUUGGACCAAAAAUUCAUGGUGAUUUUCAAAUUCCAAAAUGUGACUUAGAUACUCAUUCAUAUUUAUCAUUUGGUGUUGAUGCAUUGACUAAAUUAUUAGUAAGAGAACCUUAUAAUAGAUCAUUAUUACAAGCCGUUUUAAAUGGUACUUUAAAUAUUUCAUUAACUACUGCUCAUUCAAAUUCAGCAUUUCAAAUAAGUUUGCAUGAUCAAGAAUAUACUAGAAAAUUAAUCAAAGCUUAUCUUGGAAAAGAAAAUAAAGCUGUAUUAUUAACUAGAGCUUUUCAAAUACUAAUGAGCUUUAUACCUUAUAAUGCAAAUAGUUUUGAAUUUUCAAAGUUUAUAUUUGUUAGAGCUCCAACUAUUUCACAAAUGUUUUUCGGUGUAAAAUUAUUGAUGGAUAUGGCUCCAAUUGAUGAUUUAACAAAUCAUUUAAAUGAAUUAACCUUGAAUUGGAUGUUGCAGAAUAGAGAAUUAUUAUUGGGAAAUUUUGCAAGAAUUGUAGUUGCUUUAUCUUCAGAAACUGGUAAAUUUCCAAGAGAAUCAAAUGAACAUAAAGUUUUACUGUCAGUAUUACGUAAAGGUUUAAUUGUUGUAAAUACUUUAGUUGAAAAUGCAUUAAAAGCUAAAGAAAUUGCUGAAACAGAAGAUAGACAUAGUAAAUUAAUGGAAAAAUUAACUGAUUGUUAUGCAUUUCCAAGAAUUAUACCAGAUAUUAAUUUAACAUUAGAUACAUUAUUAACACCAAGUAUUGAUACAAGUUUAGGUAAAGAAGUUGUUAGAUUGUUAAGAUAUUUAAGAGAUUUAAAAGCUUAUGAAGGUAUAUAG